UCCCUCGCAUCACGUUAGUCGGUCUCUGUCGCUCACCGUGACCGCAAUGGCGACGAGUGUAUCGGAGCAGAAAAAACCGAUUUUCGACGUCAACGACGCCGAAGCGCUUUUCGAGAAAUUUGUCAAAGAUUUCGACAAAAGUUACAAAGAUGACGCAGAUAGAGAAGAGCAUUAUCAAGCAUUCAUCAAAUCUCUGCAUCGAAUCAAUGAACUGAACUCAAAAGAUGGCACCGCGACGUAUGGCAUAAAUAAAUUCGCAGAUUAUACUGAAGAGGAGUCGAGACAAAUGCGCGGAAUGGCGAAACGCAAUUAAUGUGAUCUUGGAAGAAUUU